UGCAAACGCAUAUCGUUUUACAGUAGAACACAGGUCGGCAGAACGUGGAGGUGGUUGUCCUUUGACGUUCCAGUACUUUAAGCAAGAUGACGGUCGUCGAAGAUAUACCGACGGACCCCAGUACGUCAACACGGCUAAUUAUCUACCCAUUGGUACUGAUUACUACUCUACUCUGGGUUCUAUAUCGCUGGCAGACACAAUCCAAAUUAUAUAAACUAGGCAAUAAAUUGCCCGGUCCCUCCGCUGUACCAAUAUUCGGCAACGCUUUAUUGGCGCUUGGAAAGAAACCUGAUGAAUUGGUAAACUUAGGGUUGGAAUACAUUGAAAAGUACGGAACUGUAGUCCGAGGAUGGCUCGGCUCGAAGCUGGUGGUUUUCCUCUGCGACGCCGACGACGCCGAGGUCAUUCUAAACAGCCAAGAACACAUCGACAAGGCAUCAGAAUACAGAUUCUUCAAGCCCUGGCUCGGUGAAGGACUAUUAAUUAGUUCAGGCGAAAAGUGGCGUUCACAUCGUAAAAUGAUUGCGCCAACUUUUCAUAUAAACAUAUUGAAAUCCUUCAUCAGCGUGUUCAAUCAGAACAGCAAAAACGUGGUGGACAAAAUGAAAAACGAAACAGGAAAAGUGUUCGACGUACACGACUACAUGAGCGGAGUCACGGUUGAUAUUUUGCUCGAAACUGCUAUGGGUAUUACAAAAGAAACUCAAGACGAAUCUGGAUUUGAUUACGCUAUGGCAGUUAUGAAAAUGUGUGACAUCAUUCAUCAGCGACAUUAUAAAUUCUGGAUGCGUUUCGAUGCUGUAUUUAAAUUUACAAAAUUCUUCGAAAAACAAAAGGAACUGUUGAACAUUAUUCAUGGAUUAACGAACAAGGUCAUUAAGAACAAGAAAGAAAAAUAUAUAGAAAACAAGGCGAAAGGUAUAAUUCCACCGACACUUGAAGAGAUUACACAAAAUAAAGGAACUAAUGACUCUGGAUUAGCAAAUGUUAAAACACUAGGGGAUACAGUUUUCAAAGGAUAUCGAGAUGAUUUAGACGACAAUGAUGAUAAUGACGUGGGUGAGAAGAAACGUUUAGCCUUCUUAGAUCUGAUGAUUGAAUCAGCUCAAAAUGGUACAAACGACAUAACGGACUUUGAAAUCAAAGAAGAGGUCGAUACCAUUAUGUUUGAGGGGCACGACACAACAGCUGCAGGCUCGAGUUUCGUAUUAUGUCUACUCGGAGUGCAUCAGAAAAUUCAGGCCAGAGUCUAUAAUGAACUGUACGACAUAUUUGGUGAUUCAGACCGACCAGCCACCUUCGAAGAUACGCUGCAAAUGAAGUAUCUAGAACGUGUCAUUUUCGAAGCUCUUCGCAUGUAUCCACCCGUACCAAUCAUCGCUAGAAAAUUGAAGAGGGACGUUAAAAUAGCAACAAACAACUAUGUACUGCCCGCUGGUGCGACAGUUGUCAUAGGUACUUACAAAAUACAUCGCAAUCCCAAAUACUAUAAGAAACCGGAAGUUUUCGAUCCCGAUAACUUCCUGCCAGAAAAUACUCAGAAUAGGCACUACUACAGUUACAUACCCUUCAGUGCUGGACCACGAAGUUGUGUUGGACGUAAAUACGCCAUUCUGAAAUUAAAAAUACUACUUUCUACAAUCUUAAGAAACUAUAAAAUGGUUUCCGACAUCACAGAGGACCAAUACAGACUGCAAGCUGAUAUUAUUUUGAAGCGAACAGACGGAUUCCGAGUAGAAAUUGAGCCGAGACAAAGAGUGCCAAUUGCCGUAGCAUAAUUACUUAUUAAAUUUAAUAAUUAUUACCAGUACAUGAAAUAAUCAUUAUAAUAAGUUGUGCUAUUUACCUUAUGCUUGACACCUUUUUUUAAAUAAAUAUAUCCAUAUAAGUAGAUUGUAGUAAAUGGUAUUGCAUGUAGUUAUGUACAUUAAAAUGAUUAUGUAAAAAAUUGUUUAAACGAUGUUAUAUCGGUGACGUAAGGUUUGAAACGUAUUGUAUAUUAGUGUAAGUUUUUGCAUGUAUCGAAAACAAUGUUUAAUAUGCUAAUUGUACGUUAAAAUAAAAUAAACAUAAACGA